GAUGCAACUCCUAUUUGAGAAGCCUAACGCGCUCUUCUUCCUGGCUGUCUUCAGCAUCUGUUGCACGUUCAUCUUUACUCCUUCGGCCUGUGCCAACGAGACGUCACCUGACGUAACCGCGGAAAUGACCAGCGUCACCACUGCACUCGCGACCACCUUCGACCUCGACUCCACCACCCUCGCCGAAGAAACGUCGCAACCGGAGCAAACUGCCGCAGCGACAACGGUGACGCCAGCGACCGACGCCGCGACGACGAUGACGUCACUACCGGCGACAGCAGCGCCUCCUAGGCCCACACUUUUGGUGGCGCCCAGCGACCGUUGCGGGUGCGACCUGACCGCCAGCUCGUGCGACGUGGACUGUUGCUGCGACGGAGACUGCAGUCCCAACGACUCCAGGGCGUUCCAGUUCUGCAUCGACAAGAAAACCGAAGAGCCAGACUUGAGGUACUGCACCAAGAGAGACGCCAUCUUUCGCAACAGGACGCUCUUCGAGAAAAGGCCGGUAGGAGACUUGCUCUGCAUCGUCGUCGACAAUGUCUUGAAGAAGGACGUCUAUCCAGAUCCUCCACAAAUAAAGACACUGGCCGAUGCCCACAGCUUUAUUAAGGGCAAGGUCACCCACGACUGGCUGCCCGCCGAUGGCUUCAGGCGUGAGCCACAGGCCCUGUUCAAAGCGGGAAGCCCCCUGCUUCGGGUGGACGAUAACGGCAUCAUCGAAGAGUGGAGACUGCCAACCAAGCUGUUCAGCUCUCGCUGCGAAGCGACCGAAGCGAUCGUCUACCUCCGGGACGCCGAAUACGAGUGCCGACGUAAGAUCGGCGGCACGCUGGAACAGUCCUGCUCGUCGGACCCUGCAUUCUCUGCCUUCGCCUACCACAGCAACUUCUCAAUACUGUCGCAACCCGAGGAAAGGUUGAGAAUAGAGUCGUUCGCGUGCUCUAACGACUCUUGCCUGGCGGCCAACACGAGCGACUGUGCGCCGCGCUACGUCGACGGCUCUUGCGUCCACGUGGUCUCGGAUGCCUCUUUCCGAGUUUUCCACAGCGGCGCCGACGGCAUCGACAGGAUCGAAGCCCACUACAAGCUCGGCACGCUUAAACCUCACACUACGGAGUUUAGCCAACGGUUCAGCGUCUCCUUCGUUUGGGCAUCUUCGAACGAAGCUGAAGCUAUUAAAGUGAGCGGCAAUCCGGGAUAUUUAUCAGGGCUUCCAGUACUGGCGGGCUGCUUCGCUCAGAAUGGGUCGGCGUGCAAGGAGCAAGAUUCCUCGAUGUUCCUUGCGGUUCCCGAAACAACCGACGGGGACUGCUCUUCUCCCGUCGGGAGGACCACGGUCAAGUUUCGCUACAACGUCAGGACCGGCUGCCUCCUGUGGCCCUCCAGGUUCCCGAGCUGUUCGGCGCUGCAGGACGCUCUGCUGGCCUACGUCACUUUCGCCGACCGUCACGUGACCCACGUCGCGAGCUUCGGGAACGCCAACAGGUCCCAGGUCGCGGACUUCGUUCCGGUUCUGGUCGAGAACUCGCCCGCGACCGAUUCGAGACAGGCGGGCGCCUCUUCGACGGCCGGAAGUGACGUCUGCGUCCUGCCCGCGACGGAAGUCCGCGUCUACGUCAUGCACGCCCGCACCGAACACUCGUCCAAGCCUCAGGAGAAGGUAGUUUCGGUUUUACGCUCGUACAGCGGCGGCGCGGCAGAAGUGCGGCUCUCUCGGCGCCUUCCGGUGGAAGUGACGUACCUGGCCACCUUUGUUGACGUCACACGCGCGCCUCGGCGCAUCUUUGCGCCUCCGCCCACGAUCGACGCGCGACUGCCUCAGGAUUUUUUCUAUCCCUUCUUUCUGGAGUCGGCGGCGAAAUACCACGGCCCAAGUGCGAUCUCUUGUUCUUUGUCCCUCGCACUCGUCGUCGCCGCAGCCGGCGACUUUUGGCUGCUGACGUUUGUGCCGUUAUUGGAGCAUUGUUAAGAGAAACAUCUGGAACUGCUUGGUUCUUCCAGGCGGCGGAUGAUGCUUCAAGGCCAACAUCUGCUCGCGGCCGACCUUUCGGGACGAAAUGAACGUGGCGUAUAAGGCAGCGAGUUUCUUUCUUUUUUUUUCGUGGAGUGUUGAGAGAUCUUUAAGACGACCCCUUUUUCCCGUGUAACGAGCCCUUCCCAAGAGAUGCGCAUUAAUCGUUCGGUGCCGCUUGAAAGUGCGAGUGCGCCUCGAUCCACUGGUUAUGAAAACUCACUAACCCAGCUGGCGAUUAAAAUUUGACUUCAAUCGUAAAUCUUUUACUGAGCGCUUCGUGCUCAAUGCAACGGGGCUAUUUGCUUUGAGAGCAAAUAAAAGCAGACUUGCAUGUUCUCAUUUUCGCCUUUCUGUUGCGUGCAUCUUUCGCGUUUUCUGUCCUAUUAUUGUUGUUUUCGAAUAUUGUGACUGUAAAAACACGCUUACAAGCGUUAUCGCAGUCUUCGGAGUUCUGUCUGCCAGAGUUCACUAAGUACUCGUUUUCGCUAUUCAAGUCAUUGUUUCUGGUCAUGCAAUGCAGUUUACUGCUUAUGUGUUCAAUGGCGAUUCAUUCAGUUAAUUUACCUGGGAGCAGUUAUAUUUCUGCCAACUCUAAUGUUUCGCGUCUUUCGUUGAUACUGCUUCGAACAGCUGACCAACGUUGCCGCAUCCUCAAAUUUGCGGCUCUUGCCAAUGUCAGCUCGCUAGCCAUAGUCGCGAAAAAAGCUGUAAGACCUUGGUAUUUGUGUUGUCAGGACAAGCCUAUAAUGAGAUGCUACUCCAUCAGCAUGCUCUGUGAACGCUCUUCACCGAUGAUAAGCUAUAGUUUAAGUGCAAACAGACUAGCCAAUUAUUUCCUCGUCCAAUGUACCCGUGAUCUUGCAACAACGAUCUAUGUUGGUGACUGCUGUCGUUAUGGAACAUUGAGCUGGGUAACAUUGAUCGCGGUGAAAGUGAUUCCGGUGUCUCUAGGGUAUAGCGGUUUUAAUGAAACUUUGCGAAUACAGCUUUAGUGUGUACUCCAGUGUCCGUGGGUGCUUGUGCCGUUUGUGGGUUUGUGUAAUCGCUGUGUUCAUCGUGUCAGCCGCCCAACGACUGGAGCCAAAUCGUCAGCCACGGCCUAACAUUUCCAGCUCCUCGUUGAAUAGCAUCUCUCUGUCUACUGUGGUGUAUGAGGACUAAACCUCUUCUCAUAAGUGUGAGAUUAGGGGGGCGGGCCUAGAGCAGUGCUGUUCUCGAUAAACUAAACAAUACCGCGUAAGAAAACGGUGCGUAGUCAUUAGUCGGUAAAGAUCGAACUGAAUAAGGUAUGGUAAGUAAUAUUUGUGGAUAUUUAAUCUACAGCCAAGUCUUGUCGACGAUCGCUUGUGAUGCUGAACAAGCCAAAUGACCUCCAAAAACCAGGCUACGUUUUUGAAUCAGGAAAAUGGCACCAGGACGCGCGCAGUAAAACGUGCAACUUUUAAUUCCACUGAUUCUCCUGAAGCGAGGUAUGUACGCAAAUAAUUGGAAAUAAAAUGUUCCUAUAUUUUCACUGA